AUGGACAAAUCUGAAGUACCCUCUUCAACUUAUGAUGCGUACUACAACGGGAUGUGUAAAUCUAAUAGAAUCGGAGAAUGGUUUACUGAGAAUAAAAUCAAUUCUAAAGAACUAAAGAAAAACUUUUGGAGAUUUAUUCCACUAUUCUUGAGGAUUCAACACGAGCUGUACGAUGAAGGCAAGUUAUCGUUCAACGUUUUCCCGAUAUAUUCACAUGGAUUAAAAUUUAUAACAUACGAUUCAAGAUGUAUUCAUGAAUUCUUAAGAAGAGUUGAUCCAAAUAACACACCUUCUACUUGGCCUGUGUUUUCUGAGAACACUACCAUGUACUGGAACCGACAUUUCACAUUACCCCGUAAGUUUGGGUAUAGUUUAUCCACAGAUGGAGUGAGUGUGUGUCUAUCUAUGAAUCGCAUUGUACAAAAGGGUCAAAAAUUAAAAUCAAAGAAGGCUAAAAAGUGCGAAGAAUCACUAGAGAACACUGCCUUUGGUAGUAAACGAAACUAUUCAAAAGUCAUAGCAGUGGAUCCUGGAGCCAAAACACCGAUAGUUACAUGUGCUCGUAAUGGAGAUGAUUUCUCGUACAAGGUCUUGAAAAAGGAACGUGUAGUAUACGAAUCAAAAGAGUGUCAUAGAGUUCGGAAAAGAUUGCGUUUCAUCAAAGACAUAGAGGAGCGCAUACGAGUGGACAGAGAGUCUGUCGAACAAGAGUCGGGUGUCGAAUUAACCAGAAAAUCUCGAAACGCAGAAGUCUACACCAGAUUUCAACUAAAGUGGUUCGAUGAAAAACAAAGAUUUUACGAGCAAAUAAGAUUACAACGUUUAAAAUUCGACAAAUACAUCAAUGAUCAGAAGAUGUUGCAUAAAAUUGUAGACGAUUAUUUUGGAAAAGAACCAGACACUUUGGUUGUAUACGGUGCUGGGUUCGACUUAAUGAACAAAGGAACCUUCAAGGGUCACAGGAAGUUUAGACAUAAUGAUGUACUUAAUAUUAUAAAACGAAGAAAGAAUUUGUCAGUGUUUGUGAUUAAUGAAGCAUUUACUACUAAAAAUUGUAGUUAUUGUCACGAUCGAGAAUCUGUUCAGAGAAAAUUAAGUGUAUCAAAGUCUCCACACCGUUACGUAUACUGCAGUGUAUGCCGUAAAGGUAUUCAUAGAGACAAAAAUGGUGCGAAAAAUAUUUUGUUAAAAUUCGAAAAGAAUAAUAAUAAUAAGUUGCCGAUUCGUCCUUCGUCGGUCGGUACUGAUAUGAAUGUUAUGGGUGGAGGAAGCUCAUAA